AUGUUAACUGUUUCGCCAUUGGAUCAUUGUACCACUAAGAAGCAGAUAAUGCGAUUUGGGAUAAUGAUGUCAGAACAGACUUCAGGGACUUACCUCAUCAACAGGACCACUAAGAUGAGGAAGGAGACGGAAGCCCGGAAAGUGGUCUUGGCCUGGGGACUCCUUCACGUGUCUCUUGCUGGCAUGAUAUACGCUGAAAUGACUGGAAGACUGAUAAGCUCGUAUUACAACAUCACAUACUGGCCGCUCUGGUAUAUCGAAUUCGCACUUGCGUCCCUGUUCAGCCUGAAUGCCCUGUUUGAUUUCUGGCUGUACGUCAAGUACACAGUGGCACCAACGACCUUGGUCGUGAGUCCUCGCCAGCAGAGCCUGCUGGGCCUGCGGGAUGCAGCGAUACAAACAACUCCACCACGUGAGCUGGCAGCAAAGAAAGUCCCAUCUUCGACACCUUCUCCUCUGAACCAGGGUCAGAGUGUGCUGAGCUACAGCCCGUCACGCUCUCUCAGUGCCAGUCCAAACUUUACUACCAGUUGUAUCACAGGGUACAGCCCUCAGCUACAGGCUACGUCGAGCAACAGCAGUGCUAUGACCUAUUCACCAAGUAGCAGCUACAAUAAGUUCUCCAGCCUCAGCCCUUCUCCGUGUGGAUCACUGUACCCCAUGAGCAUUGGACCAGUGGAAACCAGUGGGCUCAGAUCUCGUUACCGCACAUCACCCAUUCGGUAUAAUUCUCCCCCUGGCAAAGACGACUACAUGACAGACCUCAAGGCACUGGAGGCCUUCCUUCAAGAUGAAGAGGAGAAACAGCGGAGAGUUCAACUUGGAAGUUCAGAUUCCAGCUCUCCUUCCAGCAGCCCAACUUUUUGGAACUACAGCCGUUCCAUGGUAGACUACACCCAGAUACUGAGAAAGUUCCAGUAUCAGCUGGCUUGCAGGUCCCAGGCUCCAUCAGCACACAAGGACGAAGCUGAUCUGAGCUCGAAACAGGCUGCAGAAGAGGUGUGGGCGCGGGUGACGAUGAACCGACAGCUCCUUGACCACUUGGAUUCCUGGACCGCCAAGUUCAGAAACUGGAUUAACGAGACUAUCCUAGUGCCACUGGUCCAAGAGAUCGAGUCUGUGAGCACCCAGCUGAGAAGAAUGGGAUGUCCAGAACUGCAGAUCGGAGAAGCCAGCAUCAGCAGUCUGAAGCAGACAGCGUUCGUUAAAGCUCCGCUCAUUCCAACCCUGAACACUAUCGUGCAGUAUCUGGAUCUUACACCCAACCAGGAGUAUUUGGUCGAACGGAUCAAAGAGCUUUCUCAGGGAGGGUGCAUGAGUUCCUUCCAGUGGAACGGAGGAGGGGAUUUCAAAGGCCGCAAGUGGGACACCGACUUGCCCACUGACUCCUCUAUCAUUAUGCACGUGUUCUGCACGUACCUCGACUCCAGGCUGCCGCCUCACCCCAGGUAUCCCGACGGCAAAACCUUCACUUCCCAACACUUCGUUCAGACACCGGAUAAACCAGACACUUCGAACGUAAAGAGAUUUUGCAUCUACCAAAGCAGCAUCAAUCCGCCCCACUACGAGCUGAUCUACCAGUGCCAAGACUACAACCUGCCCAAGGGAAGAAACAACAUGUUCCACACCUUGCUUAUGUUCCUGUAUAUCAUAAAGGCAAAAGAAUCCGGGAUGCUGGGGCGCGUCAACCUCGGCUUAUCGGGAGUGAACAUCUUGUGGAUUUUUGGAGAAUGA